AUGGAGGUCUCCAGCCAGGAGCAAAGCCCUCAAGAGUUUGACUUAGAUGAAAUAACUAGGAAAAUUUUAUUUCUUGACAAAUGGAGGGGAAUCUUUAGUUAUCACGGGUUAGGAACCAAUAAUACAACUCCUGAGAGUCACAAAGAAAAUCAGGUAUCAGCAAAUGAAACUGAAGACAGAACAGGAAGACCUCAACCAAAAGGACAAGGACAUCUGCCAUCCAGUAGGCCUUGUUCUAUUCCCAAACCCUCCAUCAUCUCUUCAAAGUUGGGCGGCUCUCCUAUCUCCCUAGCAAUGGCCAUGAAGCUUCGACAAACCCUCUUUGGAAAUACUACCCACGUCUUCAGCUACGACUGGAAAAAGGCGCAUUUCAAGUUUCAUGAUCCUUUCUCUGACCUAGCUUUCACUUUGGCAGUGGAAAAGGGCGGUUCCCGGAGCGUUCAGAUGGCUGUACAAGGAUUCGUCAUCAAAUAUUUGUUAUUUACCAGGAAGAGCAAAGACUGUAACUUUCAAAGUUUAUGUGAGCUGAGCAAAUCUGAGCAGGAGCGAGCCCUGGCUUUGGCACUGGCUGGCAUUCUAUGGACCGCCGGAGCAGCUCAGAAGGCCACCAUCUGCCUUGUCACUGAGGACACUUACGUGGCCUCCACUUCUGAUUACUCCAGGGAUGAUUUCACGGAACAGCUCCAGCUGUUUGAAUUUUCAGAGAGAGAAGCCACUGAGAAAUUCAUCUAUGAUCAUUUACAAUGUUUUAAAGGGGAAGGAAGCCAUGGCGUCAUCCUGUUUCUUUAUAGCCUGAUCUUCUCCAGAACAUUUGAGAGGCUUCAGAAGGAUCUGGAUGUCACCACCACUCAUCUGUUACAGACACAUGCUGGAGGCUUCCUCUGCAAGCAGGCAGUUCUAAACAUGAUUUUAACUGGAAGAGCAAGUCCAAAUGUCUUCAAUGGCUAUGAGAAAGGAAAGUCUCUGGAGAGAUUACAUGGAAUCCUGACCCGCAGUGAUGUUGGCUAUUUGCAGUGGGGUCAGGACAACUCUGAGGAUGACAGACUUUCACAGGUUGGCAGCAUGCUGAAGACUCCUAAAUUUCCUAUUUGGCUGUGCAACAUCAAUGGAAACUACAGCAUCCUUUUUUGCACAAACAGACAGCUCUUAUCAGACUGGAAAAUGGAGCGUCGCUUUGAUCUGUACUUUUUCAGUGGCCAGCCCUCACAGAGAAAGCCAGUGCAUCUUACAAUAGAUACACACGCCCAUCACUGGGAAACGGACCAACAUGAAGUUAAAUAUGGCCCAGGACGACGCUGUUCCCCAGUGGAGAUGGCCAUCAGAACCAAGUGGAGGGGGGCUACUAUCAACUGGAAUGGGACUUUUCCCUUUAUCUAA